AUGUCUUCAAUCGUCAUAGCCGUGUUUAAACUUACCAUCGGCUUGCUUGGAAAUAGAUUCAGGGACAAGUUGGCAGACUCGUUGAAAGAAGGUGACAUAACAGAUCAAAAGUGUCGUGAUUUCAUCAUUCGUGAAAUCAAAGAAAUCAAAUCAAAGCUGGAUGGAUUGGCAAGAAAGGAUUUGUUGGCAAGUAUAAGCUUCUUUAACGAAGGAAUCAAGUUUUUGUAUGAGAUGUUCGACGAAGUGAGGCCCAAAGGCGAAAAUAACAACGCCGUAACAACAACACAAGCUGCUACAGCGAUGAGUUGUGCUGCUGAAACAUUUUCUCUUACAAAAGGAAUGAGUGAGCUAGAGAUUAGGGAUCUUAGUGCAUCAGCAUCCGGGGCGCUAUCUAGAGCAAAAGACAGAUUCAAAGACGCAAGAAGGAAGGCGACGGAAGCUUUCGCCAACACAGCCUUGUCAACCUCUGACCGCCUUCUGUCCAUGCAGUAUCGUGUUAUGGCAACAAUAUUAGAAACUGUAGACAAUGCGACAUACUCGAUAGCAGCCUGCAUAGUGUGCCUUGAAGAGUUGAAUAGUCUGCCAGCUGUUCAAAAAGGUUUUAAAGUUGAACUCGAGAAAGGGCUUAAGGCUGCAUUUAGCAAAGACCCACGGAGAGAUCUGAUCUCCACUGUGUGUCAUAUAAAUCGCGUGAUAUUGAAUAUCGCGCUCAUGGCGGACUUCGGUCACAAGGAGCUGUCAAACUGGCCAUGCGUUGAAAUCGGAGGAACAAAAGUUUCUCCACUACAAAAUGACAGAGUGUUAAAAGUCCUGAAGAAAAGAGGCAUGGAGCACUGCUUCGGAACUUUGGAAUUACUACGGGGAGAGUAUGGAAGUUUGAUAUGGCCAAUAAGUAUUGCUUCAAACAGCCUUGGACAAUUCCUCGUCGCGAACGACGACGGAGAUAAAAGAGCCAAGUUAUUUGACAGCAGAGGUAAAGUUUUGAACAGUUUCUCUCUCAUUUCGGAUGCCUCUCGUGACGAUGUGUACUGCAUAUGUCAAGUAGCUACUGAUUUGAAUGGCAAGAUCUAUGUACUAGUCGAACUAAAGCCUUGUGUCAAGUCAAUCUUUAAAGAUAACAAUCCCGGAGCAGUGUGCGUGUUUGAUUGUGAUUUUCAACCCCUGCACAAGUUUUCACUAAAAGAGGAAUUUAGCACCGUUGCGUUCAGACCAUCACUGACAGUCAGUGACAGAAACAAAGUACUGAUACUUCUGGUGACACAACCGAAUUACUCACAGAGGAAACCAACCAUUCAAGUUUAUCAGUUUGAUGGUCAAUUUGUUGAUGACUUCGGUGACGGAAUACUGAAGAGUCCAAUUAAUAUCGCCGCUGCAAGUGAUGGUCGAACAUUGGUGACAGAUAGUGGCGAUGAUGGCGAUUCCUGUGUUCACGUUUUUAAUGAAAACGGCGAACAGAUUUUUAAGUUGACAGAAAUGUUAGAAUUCGAUUAUCCAUUUUACACAGCAUUUCACUGGCCAAGUGAAUACAUUGUUGUCGCUGGUUUCCGUCCACAGAAAGAAGAGCUUCAGGUGCUUAUAUAUACUAAAGAAGGCGAAAUCGUGCGUCGCUUAGAGCAAGGUGCGAAAGGUUUUAGUUCCUUAGUAGAGCUCACAGUGACUGUCGAAGGACGCAUUGGUAUUCUCGCAAUGUUUGAAACCGACCGUCAAACUGAAACUAAAAGUUUGUUUUUCAAGAUACUCGUUAUAUAA